AUGGCUCCCAAGAAAUCCUUUUCUCCGUCUUCUUUUAAGAGUCUUGAAGAUUUUCAAGCGGAAUUCUGGUUAAAGGUACUGUCUCUUUUUCCGGCGGUGGACACCUCCGAUGAAGAUUCUGAAAUAGUUGAUCUAAAAUCUUUCGAAAGUGAAGUUCAUGCAUUGACUGAAAUCCGGCAUAGGAACAUUGUAAAACUCUUUGGUUUCUGCUCCAGUGUAGAGCGACAAAUCUCAUUCUUGGUUUAUGAGUUUGUAGAGAGGGGGAGUUUGAAAAAGAUUUUAUGCGAUGGGGAACAAGCAGUAGAGUUUGAUUGUAUAAAAAGGAUAAGAUUCAUUAAAGGAACAGCUGAUGCACUUGCUUACAUCCACCAUGAUUGCGUUCCAGCAAUAGUUCAUAGGGAUCUAGCAACAAUGUCUUGUUGGAUUUCGAAUAUGAAGCUCGUGUUUCUGAUUUUGUACUGCAAGGAUUUUGAAGCCGGAUUCGUCUGGACAUCACUUGCAGGAACAUACGGAUAUGCUGCUCCAGAACUUGCCUAUACAAUGAAGGUAACCGAGAAAUGUGAUGUUUAUAGUUUCGGAGUACUCAUUUUAGAAGUACUACAUGGCAGACACCCAUCUGAGAUUAUCACAUUACUCUCUCCUGAGCUCCUUCCAACAUCAUCUUCAACUUCCACUUCCAGUGUUCCGGUGAAAAUUAUAAUGCUGAAAGACAUCUUAGACGAGUGCCUUGAAGCACCAACGGAUGUCAUGAAGAAAGAGAUAAUGUACUUCAUGAAAGUUGGUCUCUCAUGCUUACGUGGUGAUCCACGUACUCGGCCAACAAUGCAACAAGUAUCUGCAGGGCUAUCACUACCAGCUGAGAGUAGACCGUUCUUUGGGAAGCCCUUUGAAACUGUUACAUUGGGAGACCUACUGAUGGGGGAUUCGCAAGGAUGA